AUCAUUAAUUAAUUCCAAUGGUUUAUCAUUCAUCCAUCAUCUAUGGCUGUCAUUUCUUCUUCUUCCUCUUUUUGUCUAAUUUCUUUCUCAAACGCUACUCCUCCAUCUUCAACUGCACCCCUUUCCCUCACUAUCUUCUCAUCACCCAAACCAAAACCACCACCCUAUUUGGUAUUAAGACCCAAGAAGCCACAACACACUAUACGUUCUGUUUCAUUCUUUCCAGGCUUUUCCACCAAAAGCAAGGAUGCUAAGACGCUCAAGGAGGAGCUUUAUCAGGCAAUUGCAUCUCUUGAUCGAGGCGCUGAAGCCUCCCCAGAAGACCAAGAAUAUGUUGAUCAGCUUGCUCGCCAACUUGAGUCGGUGAAUGAGAUAAAGGAGCCUCUCAAGUCUAAUCUGUUAAAUGGGAAAUGGGAGCUUUUAUAUACAACCUCUCAGUCUAUUCUAAAAACAAAGAGGCCCAAGUUCUUAAGGCCGAAUGGAAAAAUCUAUCAGGCAAUAAAUACAGAUACUCUAAGGGCUCAAAAUAUGGAAACUUGGCCAUUCUUUAAUCAGGCCACAGCUAAUUUGGUACCUCUCGCAUUUCUGCAGGCCACAGCUAAUUUGGUACCUCUCAAUUCAAAGAGGGUGGCUGUUAAAUUUGACUAUUUCAGAAUUGCUAAUCUGAUACCAAUUAAGUCACCUGGUAGUGGUCGUGGUCAGUUGGAAAUUACAUACUUGGAUGAUGAGUUGAGAAUAUCAAGGGGAGAUAGAGGGAACUUGUUCAUUUUGAAAAUAGUGGAUCCAUCGUAUAGAGUUCCUCUUUGAUGCAGCCAGUAUAAGGGAUGGUGAGGCAAAUGUUACCAAAUCCAGAAAAGCUUUUUGAGUCCAUUAAAGUUGUUUAUUCAACAAGCAUGACCAGAUAAUUCUUCUUGGCAUCACAUUGUUUAUAUGAAUUUUCAGUCCAUGUUUCAUAUUUGUUAUAUGCAAGUUAAGAUGUUUUGUGCGAAUUUACAAAGAAAUAAAUGCAUGAAUUAAAUUAAA